AAGGGAAACUCCUCCCUGGAUCAAAAAAAAAAAAAAAAACCCGCCCAUCUUUGCCCGAAGAACCAGUUUGUUGAAAAGGCAGCUGGCAUUGAACUGCACACAUUCUUCAAGAUGUCCUUCUGGGUGGCAGUCCUGGUUGCCCUGGGGGUUGGUCUUUUGGGGGUCUUGUACCUGACGGGCUUCUUUCGCCGAAGACGAGCCAGCGAACCCCCUUUGGACAAAGGACUCGUUCCAUGGCUAGGACACGCAUUGCACUUCCGAAACGACAACAUGGAUUUCCUGAAAACCAUGCAAAAGAAACACGGGGACAUCUUCACCACCUUGAUUGCAGGACACUAUUUUACCUUCUUGAUGGACCCGUUGUCCUUUAGUGCCGUUGUCAGAGAAAGCCGAAAUAAACUGGAUUUUAUUUCGUUCGCAGCCGAGCUGGUCCUCAGGGUGUUUCGAUUUGAGGCCUCCCACGAGACUCACAAGAUCAUCGAUGUCUCCAGCACGAAGCAUCUGAAGGGAGAAGGCCUGGUGGUGAUGACCCAAGCCAUGAUGGAGGCCUUGCAGACUGUCUUAUUCCGGUGGCAAGAAACCUCCCAAAAAGAUCCAAAAUCCUGGAAAGAAGACGGUUUGUUCCACUUUUGUUACAACACGGUCUUCAAAGCUGGCUACCUGGCUUUGUACGGCACCGAACCAAGUGAAAAACAGAACGAGAAAUUAAAACAGAAAGACCAGCAGCACACUGAAGAGGUGUUCGUCGAAUUUCGCAAAUACGACAAGCUCUUCCCGCGCCUCUCGUACGCCUUGUUGACCCCGUUGGAAUGGGGCCAAGUGAAGAAAAUCUGGAACUACUUCUGGCAGGUGCUUUCGGUGAAGAACGUCUACCAGAAGGACAACAUCAGCCGGUGGAUCAGUGACCAGUCUCAACAGCUGGCCGAAAGUGGGAUAUCUGAGGACAUGAGGGACAGGUUCAUGUUCCUGCUCCUUUGGGCAGCUCAAGGUAACACUGGUCCAGCUUCCUUCUGGCUCCUGGAGUUCCUGAUGAAGCAUCCCAAAGCCAUGGAAGAGGUCAAGAAGGAGAUUGAGGAGGUGGUGAAGAAGUCAGGCCAAGAUGUGGCCUCCCGCCAGAAGCCCUUGAAUGUCACCAAGGAGAUGCUAAGCCAAACGCCCAUCCUGGACAGCGCCGUACAAGAGACCUUGAGGUUGGUGGCAGUCCCGAUGUUGAUUCGGCUGGUUUUACAAGACAUGGACUUGAAGCUCCACAACGGGAAGUCUUACCAGCUGCGCAAAGGCGACAAAAUCAGCCUCUUCCCUUACCUCUCGGCCCACAUGGACCCCGAAAUCCACCAGGAGCCCCAGGCCUUCAAAUAUGACCGUUUCCUCAGCCAAAACGGCAACAAAAAAGAAUUUUUUAAGAACGGUGAGAAGGUAAAUUAUUUCACCAUGCCUUGGGGGGCUGGGACCUCCAUGUGUCCCGGACGUUACUUCGCCACCAACGAAAUCAAGCUUUUCACCUUUCUGAUGCUCGCGUGUUUUGAUCUGGAGCUGAUCAAUCAGCAGGAGGAGAUCCCUGCCAUAAACAAAACCCGCUACGGGUUUGGGGUAAUGCACCCCGUGAAUGAUGUCCAGUUUAGGUACCGCUGCCGGUGCUAAAAACAGAAGCAGAGAUCUGCAAACGCUAAUCCAAGAUAACCAGGGAGAUUCCACCGGUGAUCUGGUUUGUCUCUAUGUUGGGGAAUUCAGACUUUGUGUGUGUGUGUGUGCGUGUGCGUGCGUGCAUGCGUGCUCGUGCUCCUUCCUUUCUUUUAGCACACUUCUUUUACACAAGAAUCUAGGAUAACCAGUGAUAUUUUCAUUGGAUGAACUGGUUUACCUCUAUGUUGUGGAAUCAGACGUGUGUGUGUGUGUGUGUGUGUGUGUGUGUGUGUGUGUGUGUGUGUGAACCCCCUUCCUUUCUUUUUGCACACUUAGGAUAACCAGGGAUAUUUCACUGGUGAACUGGUUUAUCUAUAUAUUAUGCAAUCAGACUCGCUCUCUUUCUUUCUCUGCGUGUAUGUGUGAACUUCCUUUCCUUUUGCACAGUUAGCUUGCACAUGAUAAUCUAGGAUAAGCAGGGAUAUCUCAUCAGUAAACUGAUUUAUCUCUAUGUUAUGGGAUCAGACUCUGUGUGUGCGUGUGUGUAUGCAUUAACCCCCUCUUUUCCUUUCACACAUUUAGUCUGUUGUGCAAAUCCCCACAUGCAUGACACAGUUCUUUGGCUCCUGCUCCCUAGCUCUUAAGGGGAAUCCCUGGAAAAUGUAAAAUCUGUCCUAAAAUAUAAACCAGAGGAGCCUUUCUGAAAUUAACCCUCCCAAGUCGCUUCUCUUUCCUUUGUUUUCUGUUCAAAUUCAGCUUUCCAAAAUUAUUAUUAUUAUUUUUUAAGUUCUUGCAGAUCCAGCAUGCUAAUGUACGCUAACCGAGUUGUAUCUUCGCUUGAUCUGAGGUUCCGAGUGAAAUUUGCUAAGGGACUUUUGAAGAGACAGAGGAAUUCCAAAUAAGGGAUUUUUCCUUUGUGUGUAGCAAAAAUACAGGUAGUCCUUGAUUUAUGACCACAAUUGAGCCCAAAAUUUCAGUUGCUAAGUGAGACAUAUGUUAAGUGAACUUUGCCCCAUUUUAUAACCUUUCUUGCCACAGCUGUUAAGUGAAUCCCUGCAAUUGUUAAAUUAGUGACACAGUUGUUAACAGUUGUUGACUUUGAUUGUCAGAAGGUCACCGAAGGGGAUCACAUGACCCCAGGACACUGCAACUGUCAUAACUAUGAGUCCGUUGCCAACCGUCUGAAUUUUGACCAAGUGACCCUGGAGAUGCUGCAAUGGUCAUCAAGUGUGAAAAAGUGUCAUAAGUUACUUUUUUCAGUGCCGUUGUAAGUUUGAAUGGUCACUAAAUGAGGACUGCCUGUAUCUGGCACCCAUCUUAAUUCUAACUCUUCCUCAACGACAAAGAAGGAAAUGCUUUGAUAAUUUAAUAAACUGAAAAUUAUAAGUGCAGUGCCUUGUUUUUAUCAGAUGCCUAUAGAUAUGAAGAAAAUUGACCUUCGCUACGGCAAACAUUUAACCAGUGUCAUUUUUGCUGAGCUGGUAAAAAUGUGGCAAUGAUAGAGAUUGCAAAAUUUCAAUUUUUUUCUUCCACCCAAUGAAAAGCUGAGAAAAAAGGAAAUAAAUACCCACCCCUUUACAGUUUGUUUUUAAAAGCCACACUCAAGGGCAGCCAAAAACACGAAACUUUCUAAAUCACUGGAGGUUUUCAAGAAGAGAUUGGAUUUACGACCACGACUGAGCCCCAAAUUUCCACUGCUAAGCGAGACAGUUGUUAAGUGAGUUUUGCCCCGUUUUACGACCUUCCUUGCAACGGUUGUUAACUGAAUCACUGCAGUUGUUACGUUAGUAACAUGGUUGUUAAGUGAAUCUGGCUCCCCCAUUGACUUUGCUCAUCAGAAGGUCAAAAAGGUGAUCACAUGACCUUGGGACACACUCACGGUCAUAAGUAUGAGUCAGUUGCCAAGAGUCUGAAUUUUGAUUAUGUGGCCAUAAAGAUACUGCAACGGUUGAGGAAAAAUGCUCAUGUCACUUCCCAGCCGGCCUCCGACAAGCAAAGUCAAUGGGGAAAACCAGAUUCGCUUAACAACCGUGUGAUUCGCUUAACAACAGCAGGGAUUUGCUUUACAACGGUGGCAGAAAAAGUGGUACAAUUGGAUGCAGCUCACUUUAAGUUAGUAACGUGGUUGUUAAAUUAAGUGCUUAGCAAUGGAAACUCCUGUCCUGAUUGUGGUCAUAAAUCGAGGACUACCUAUAGAGUGAAUUCUGAGAACAAAAUGCUCACCAGAUGAUCCUGUUUUUAAUCCUGUAGUGCAAAUGCAACAUGGAUUCACCCAAAAAUAUCCUUGUGCUGAUAUCAUAUAUAUUUUGUGUAGCCAUUUUGCUUUACUUCAAGAAGCAGGUCAGUCUAAAUGUUCUCUGAGGUCCCUUCAGACUUUGGAACUCUGCGAUAAGCUCUGGGAUGUGAUCCCCUUUUGCGAUGUUCUGACAAGCAAAGUCCAUGGGGGAAGCCGGAUUCACUUAAGAACCGCGUGCCUAACGUAACAACUAGAGAUUCUGGAUUUAGAGUUUUAUAGCUGUAUAGUUUUAUAACUUUAUCUACAGUUCAAGGACAAAUUUAAGGUUGUUCUUUCCUGCUACGUAUUGGACUGUCCUCCUCGGUGUAAGGGGAUGAGUGUGUUGUAAAUUAACUUUUUCCCUUUUAUCUGCACAAAGCAGGCUUUGAGUAUGGUGUGACGUAAACUACUUAGGGAUUAAAACAAAACAGCUGCAAGAGGAGAUGGGAUUUUCUCUCUACGGACUCUCUCAUUUCCUGAUUCCCCGAAGGGGAUCCAGUUUUCUUCUUCCUCCUGGGAUCGAAUCGGAGGCAAGGCUUCCCGACGGGCGACUCUGGGUUCAAAGAAAAUAAUUAACAAAGCAGCACCGGGUUCUGACAUGAAAAAGGCAUGUGCUUAAGAAAGACCUUGAUUUCCACAGGGUGCAAAAGGCCUUGGAAACCAGAUGCUGUUUUUAAAAAUAAAGCUUUGAUUUUUUUUCUUUCCUUCUUUAUCCUUUCUUCCUCUUCCUUCCUUCCCUGCCUUUCCUCUUCUUCUCACUUUCCCUUUCUUUCUUUCUUCCUUUCCUUUCUUCCUUUUUUCUUCCCUUCCCUUCCCUGCCUUCUCUCUCCUUUCCUCUUCUUCUCACUUUCCCUUUCUAUCUUUCUUCCUUUCCUCUUCCUUUCCUUCCUUCUUUCUCUCCUUCCCUUCUCACCAUUUUUCUUUUUUCUUUCUACCUCCCUCCCUCCAUUUUCUCCCAUUCUAUUUUUCCCCUUCCUCCGUCCCUCCUUUCUUUUCUUUUCUUUUCUCAAUGUCUCUUCCUCCUUCCUUCCUCAUAUUUGACCAGGCCUUGCUGCAAUUGGUGGCCACCCCAAAAAGGGAUGGGGAAAGGCCCCUCCCGCUGACCUAGAGUUUACUCCCCCCCCUCCUGUGACACCUACCUGACUGCUAGCCCACCCAAGUGACGUAUUCCAGGAUAACAAACCUUUUGUGUGGGCCACUUCUGUUUUCGAAAUUCAACACUCCGGGAGCUGUGGAUUACUUAAAAUAAAUAAUGGGUGAGCCUGUACAGUUGCUUAAGCAAUUCAUCUUUUUAAAGUUAUAUUGGAGUUAUAUUAAGUUAUAUUAGUCAUAUUGGAGACGAGGAGGACUACUUCAAAAGAUGUGAACCAACCUUAGCUAUUGGCAUUCUCAAUACAGGCAGUCCUCGACUUACAACAAUUAAUUUAGUGACCGUUACACCGAAGAAAGUGACAUAUGACCAUUUUCCACCCUUAUGGCCGUUGCAGCAUCCCCAGGGUCACGUGAUCAAAAUUCUGACGCUUGGCAACUGAUUCAUAUUUAUGACGGUUGCAGUGUCUUGGGGUUACAUGAUCCUCUUUUGCGACUCUCUGACCAGCAAAGUUAAUGGGGAAGCCAGAUUCACUUAACAACCAUGUGACUAAUUUAAUAACCGCAGGGAUUCACUUAACAAUGGUGAGAAGAAGGGUUGUAAAAUGAGGCAAAAUUCACUUAACAAUUGUCUCACUUAGUAAUGGAGAUUUGGGUCUCCAUUUUUGGUCGUAAGUCGAAGACUCUCUGUACUAAAAUGAACAAAGCAACUCCAGAGUUACCAGCAUUAGCAAAAGCUACAAUGAACAACUGCAAGAAAAGUUUACUUUGAUUACAGUAUUUAUUUACUGGGGCAGAUGAAUAGUCAGUCUGUUUUUUAAAAUAAUUGGAAAAUCAAAUUUAAUGUUUUCUGUUCUACUGGGCUAUUUUUAUUUUUUAAAAAAAAGUCAAUGUGAGGAAGAAAAAAUAGUUCAGCGAUUUGAAAAAGAAAACCACAGCAAAGGGGUCACUUUUAACCAGGUGAAGCAAUAAGGGAAGAUCUCUUGAUUGCAAAACUAAGUUCCAUCGGUGAUAAAACAGCCAGACAAUUCAUUCUUCACUGCAAAAGAAGCAAUAACCAACUAAUUUUGUUUGUUUGUUUGUAUGGCAACAAACAUCACACCAGUCGGAGUGAAGUGAAGGCACUGCACUUGCUCUCCGAUAAGACUAUGAAAGAUUUUCUAUGAUUCCUUUUUUUGAAAGAAUUCUGUAAUUCUUUGAAAAGAACAGCUGGCAGCUUCUUCGAAGGGCUGCAUGCAGCUUAGCUGGCUGACACGAGCCACCUCUUUAUACCUCAGGAGGAACAUCAUGGGAUUAUUUCUGAAGAAACAUGUAGGGCAUUGUGAUUUUGAUUGAGUUUAUGGGUUUCUCCCUGUGACAAUGAUUUAUUGUCUGAGUAGUGUAUAUUUUCACCCUGGGGCGUUCACACGUGAAAAGCCAGAGCUGUAAAGCCAUUGAAACUCAUCCAACUGUUAAUGAAAUUUACUCUUAUCUUUAUCACCAAGAUUAAUUAUGUAUGUAUUGAAGUCUUCUAAGGCAGACUGAUUUUCCUUCCUAAUAAAAUGAGCUUUAUUUGCA